AUGUCGCAAGAGCAAGUGAAAAUCACAGAGCCGCUGGCGGAUGAAGAGCACAAUUCCGCCGGCGAAAGCACGGAAAUGACCGAGCGCCAGCAAAGAGCUCAGCGGAAGGCGAAGACAUUCAAAAAGAAGGGAGGUAUGCUGUUGAACAACGCUUUCGCUUUCGUUGCCGCGGCUUUAUUGGGAUUCUCAAAGAUGGCCGGUUCUUACGAGAUGAUCAUUGCUGGUCGGUUCUUCAUCGGGCUGAAUUCCGGAAUCAACGCUGGCAUCGCACCGAUGUAUCUCACUGAAGUCUCACCCACUCACCUUCGUGGAGCGGUCGGCACUGCAUACCAACUUGUCGUCACUAUAUCAAUCUUGGCCAGUCAAAUACUCGGGAUCCAGUCUGUUCUUGGCACAGCCGACACGUGGCCACUGCUACUGGCGUUGACAGUCGUGCCAGCUAUUUUCCAGCUCAUCACCCUGCCUUUGUGCCCCGAGUCGCCCAAGUACAUCCUCAUCGCUCAGGGCAAAGAAGUGGAAGCACAAAAGGCUUUGACUUGGCUCCGCGAAAGUGUGGAGGUCUUGGACGAGAUGGAAGAAAUCAGAAACGAGUACGAAAGCAUGAAGCUGGUUCCAACCGUUACCCUACGAGAAAUGGCGACGAACCCGUCGUUGAAGUUCCCACUGAUCAUUUCCAUGAUGAUGAUGAUUGCCCAGCAGCUGUCUGGUAUCAAUUGCGCCAUCUUCUUUUCGACGCAGAUUUUCUUGUCGGCAGGCUUGACUCUGUCGCAGUCAGAAUCUGCUACUAUCGGCAUGGGAGCAAUGAACGUUUGCAUGACGAUUUUGUCUUUGGUACUCGUGGAAAGAGCAGGAAGAAAGACACUUUUGCUGAUUGGUCUCAUCGGCAUGUUUAUCUGCACUAUCCUGCUGACUAUUUGCUUGAUCUUGAAGUCGAAAAUGGGCCCGUACGUGUUCUUAAUCUUUUCCGGUCUGCUGUUCUUCUUUUCUGCAUUCACCUACAAAUUCGUGCCCGAAACGAAAAACAAGGGCAUUGAGGAAAUCACAGCAAUGUUCCGUCAAAGGACGUAUAACCAGUAAACUUCUUCAAAAGAAUCUUCCGUAAGGUUUCAAUCGUCAAAAGUAAGAUGGAAUUUGGAAUUCGCGAAGAAUUUUGGAAUGCUGCUGCUGCUGGUAUCUCUCCGCGUGUGUGAAUGUGUGUGCGCGCGCGUGUAGCAAGAAGGAACGACACCCUGUGGGAGAAGGACUCAUUGGCUGGCCGAACGCUGUCCGGGUGUCUGUUUCUUUUGAAACGCGAUGUCGCUGCUUGUCGGAACGAACGCUGGGUUCUCGUUUUCAAAGGUUAAAUUUCUCAUCGGUGGAUCUGCGAGGUUUUUUUUUCUUUCGAAUUUUAGCAAAACGUGACUGCCUUCUCCCUGGUAAUUUUCAGCAAACGAUUUUCCCCCUGUGUGUGGACUUCCGAACGGGCGUAUAUUUUUAUUUUAUUGGUUUCCGUGUAUUCGUGAGUUGAAAGCGAUGAUUGCUGCUCUAUAGGUUUUCUUCUUUUUUUUGUUUUGGUGCGAGCAGUUCUCAAAACAUUGAGUGAGAUGAACGUUGGAACAAAACAAAAACCGUGUAUGGAAGGGUGCUGGUGUGCUUGAGGGCGUCGUUUUUCUUGUUCAUAGGGGUGAAAAAAAAAUUUAAAUUAUUUGAAAAAAAAAGAAAGAAUCGAACCGAGAUUGCCGCAAUCCGAUGGUGCAAAGGAAUUCAUCAAUGAUGUACAGUUCGGGCCGAAACUAUCGCCGGUGUUUCGAAACGGCUGUGAUGUAAAGAGUCUCAUAUUUUGCACCAUCGUUGCGGAGUGGAAUUAUUGCAAGUAUCACGGCGAUGAAGCAUUUUUUGAAAUAUCGUUGCCGAAAGAAGAAGAUUUAAGUCUCGUUUAGGUUUCACUGGCCUGAACGGCUAGAAGCUAUAUAUUGUUGGACGUUGAUUCUGAUCACUCCGCCGUCGCGAAAAAAAGCCAAUAAAUUUUUGCAGAGCAAUUUUAUCCUCUCGCUGGGAAGAAAGAAACAGAAAAUCCCCUGUGAUGCGAGGAAAGAAAAAGAAGAGGAAAAAUCACAAGAGAAAAAAGCGGUGGGGUGCAUCUUCGGAUUGAGUACAUUGAUCGGAAAAGAGACUGUAUGUCAUUCCGUAGAGCAAUAUCUAGCUGUCGGUGUUUCGCUUUCAGUGCCGUUGUCUUGGGGAAUCGCUCUUCGCUCUCCGUUCUGUGAAUCAAGUAAGGAUCGAGAUGAAAGAAAAGUGCGUGUUUGAUAUUGAAACGAGUAUUCGGCGAUAAAAAAUUGUUGCCUGUGGCUUGCCGGGGAGGAAAAAAAAAGGAGCAAAAAUGAAGUCUUUACGGCACAAGCGAA